GGUCUGUCGUUCCCUGCCUCACUCUGUCCGCGCCACGUUUCACUCGCGCGGUGUCGGAGUAUAAACGAUACAUCAAAGCGAGCGAUACUCUCUGCUUUUCGUGUGUGCGCGCGCGCGCGUCACAUAGAUGCGAUCGUGUUUUUCCCGCGGCGACAUUACUCGCCCUUUCGAAUCUCGCGUAAUUCAGGAGGUGUACGGUACCUGACGUUUUCAGUUCUGCCCAAAUCGUUGCCGGUAUCUCGGCCAGCAAGUGUCACUGGCCAACCGUUCAACAACGUUUCAGUGUGUGUCUGGAGAACGAUUUUGAGACCAGGACGUUCUUUCCUUUCGGUUCCUUCCUGGCCGUGCGCUUUAUUGAUCGUGCAAUUAACGCGCCGGUCACGAUCGAGUACGAUCACUCGAGCGACAAGCGCCGCGCAAUUGAAUUCGUUCGCGUUCGCGUACGGUUCCCGUUCGCACCGUUCGGCUUCACUCGCACGUGAAGGUUACUGCGCGCGUGUGAUGUGGGCCAUUAUAAGUUGGAGCUAGCGCUGAAGAGAAUGCUGACACCGCUGCACCGGUAUCGGCGUAUUGAGGACAGAAAUCCGCACCGUCGCCGUUAUCAUCGUUGGCAUCAUCGCGGCUCACAAUACUCGUAAAAAAUAACGUGGCGUAAUCGCAACGUCAAGGAUCAGAGACGCUUGAACUAGUUUAGUUCAUCGGUAGACCCCACGUGGCCCAGGAAGCAGCGCGCGAGGUGAUGUUGCUGGAGUCGCGAGGUCUCGCCGGUAGGAAGAGAAACGGACUGACACUGACCUCGUUCGGCGGCAGUGGCGGAGGCGGCGGCGGUGGCGGAGGCGGCGGCGGUGGCGGUGGCGGCGGAGGAGCCGGCAGCGAGGAGGACGACGAGGAAUCCCGACACCUCUAUCUGGGCAGGAAGAUGCAGGGCGAAAGCACCGCCACCCCCGCGGUUCCCACCGGGCUGUCCGGAUGCGCCGGUGAUGACGGCGACGAAAGCUCGAGUCCGUCGCCGAACAGUAGCCUUCUCAACAAUCUCAACAACAAUUGCAAUUCGAACAGGCAGUGCGCGACCGAUUUUAGCAUCGCCGCGAUCAUGGCGCGGGAUUCACGUCAGCAACAGAUGCAACAGCAGCAGCAACAGCAGCAGCAGCAACAACAACAGCAGCAGCAGCAGCAGCAGCAGCAACAACAUCAUAGGCAUCCGCAGCAGCAAGCCGUCGGUGGUGGGAAAUUGCAUCAGCAUGAAAGGGAAGCUAGCAGUUCAGGGGUGGCGCGCGGCGCUCCGCCGGUUCCAGAGACGAUCAAUGCGGAGGACGAACCGGAAACCGACGAUACUGGCAGCACCAGCGGCAAGGGCAUCUCGCCGGUGAAUCCUCUUCUGCAGGAACGUUCGAAUUGUGAGGAAUUAAGGCACGUGGUCUGCCAUUUGGAAACGAAAGAUCUCUGGGAUAAAUUCAACGAGCUCGGCACAGAAAUGAUCAUCACAAAGACUGGCAGGCGGAUGUUCCCGACAUGUCGCGUCUCAUUCAACGGUCUGAAGGCAGACAGUCGAUACGCCGUCCUGAUGGACAUCGUGCCGGUUGACAAUAAGAGAUAUCGGUACGCAUAUCACAGAAGCUGUUGGUUGGUGGCCGGUAAGGCCGAUCCGCCGGCACCAGCGCGGCUCUACGUCCACCCGGAUUCGCCUUUCACGGGCGAACAGCUCAGAAAGCAGGUCGUCUCCUUUGAGAAAGUCAAGCUCACCAACAACGACAUGGACAGGCACGGGCAUCUGGUGCUGAACUCUAUGCAUAAGUACCAGCCAAGGAUCCACCUGGUGAAACGGCCGGACUCGGGCACGGCGAAGCCGAUCGUGGACCUCGAGAAGGAGCCGCACAAGACCUUUAUAUUCCCGGAGGCCAUAUUCACCGCUGUCACCGCCUAUCAGAAUCAGCUCAUCACGAAGCUCAAGAUCGACAGUAAUCCGUUCGCGAAGGGCUUUCGAGAUUCCUCCCGUCUCACCGACUUCGAGAGCUUCCCUUUCAGGGAGACGAUGGAGUCAAUGUUGGCGGAGCAGCAGACGCUGAGGUUUCCUCCUCGACUGCCCUUUGAGAUGGAACAGCUCCAGGCUGGCGCGGUGAGCAAUCUCAGCCUCGAGGAGAAGGCCCUCUGGGCGGCGCGUUCUCAAAUGUUGCUGAGAGCGGCGGCGGCUGUCGCCGUCAGCCCUUACGCUCAACUGGUCAGCCCUGCUUUGGUUUACCCGGGUGCCUCAACAGCUAGUACCAGCCACCAACAGCAGCAACAACAACACCAGCAGCAACAGCAGCAACAACUUGGCCACCUCUGGUGGGCUUCGUCCAUUGGACCGACUCUCUUCGCCGCGGCGCACCAUCAGCAGCAGUUAGCCGCCUCCAGUUCCCAGCAGAAUCCGACGGGACCGGCGGCGCCUCGACCACUCUACCCGUCACCCCUCGCCCUGGCGCAUCACCGAUUCUCACCCUAUCACACGGCGACCGCCCCGAAGUCCUCGACGCCGGCCGCACCGUCGCCGUCACCGUCCAGAAGAGCCACUCCGUCGCCCACGGACAGUCUCAGCAGGGAGGCGCAGGACCUGUCACCCUCGUAGUCGCCGGCUCAGUUAGGAAACUGCGUUGUGUUCUUCUCGUAGAAAAUGGGCGAGAUGGACUCCAGGUGGGCUUCGACAUUUUUUAAAAUUCGAGGUCGUACCGCACACGACGGCAAUUCAUCGAUCUCGUUGAAAAGAAAGUGCUUCCGGUAGUGUGUCACGAAUAUGGUGUCGGACGAUUGCAAAACCUUUUCACAGAGAAAAGACCAACGAAAGUUGAGAUUUUCCGCCACCGAAGAACGUAGCGAUAAGCUACGUCGACACACUUGCGAAAUGCACGGAUCAUUAAAAGGAUACUGAACACCGACAUAAUGCAAUUUCGUAUUUUGGACUGUUUUUCUAUUUGUUUGUAUAGAAUUGCAAAUGCUUAUACAGAAUAAAACACGAAAAAAACGGGUUUCAUUAAAUUAACAUGAUGUUUGGUUAAACCAGUCUUGAUGGAAAGAGAAAUUCUGUUUAUUAUAACGAGAUAUUCUAGUGUGCAAUCAGAACAUUUAGAUGAAACACUGCUCAGAGUUUGGUUGCUGCGUAUAUAUGUAAUCCAAAUGUCUGGUUAUUAUGAUCAUAUGAGAAAAAAAACAUAGUUGGAUUGAUAUGACAUAUUUGGUUAAACGAUUGUUGGUACAAAAUUAAAUUUUUAAUUAUCACAAUCAAAUAUCCUGUUAUUCCACGUUGAUCGCAAUAUAUGUAGACAAUAUACAACAAAUCUAUCUAUUGGAAAAGUGGUAUAGCGUGUAAUACAGACAACUCACAAUCCAGAAGUCUCGGUCUCGAAUCCUACCAGGAUAAAUAUGCGUUUUUCAAAUACAUUGUAACAACGAAUCAAUUAAAUGGUUAAUUUCAAGGAAAGUAGUCAUACUAACACUUUUAGUGAAGAAACAACUUUUAAUUAAAAAAUUAAUAAAACUUCUAAUAAUAAAUAUGAAUAUUUAUUAUUAGAUAUAAUAUUUUUUAUUAGAUUUAAUAUUUAUUAUUAGAUUUAAUAUUUAAUAUAAUUUUACUACUAUUGCACAUGUAACUAAAUUUGUCUGAUUAUAAAUAAACCAAAUUUGACUAGUUAAAUUUACUAAAAUUAUGGAUCCUUCAAAAUUCAUCAAAUAGUCUUAUCAAUAUUUCAGAUUAAUUUAGUCCAACUUUUUUUCUGUGAAAUAUAAAUGUCAAUGAAUGACGCGGUACCUCCUGUUAUAUAAGAAACAUUAAAACAAAUUGUUUUUAUUCACAAAAUUUUUGAGAUAUUUUUUUAUUCAAUGACACUUGUACUUUCUGACUCUAUAUAAACAAUUCUAUACAACCAAAUAGAAAAACAAUACAACAUCCAAGAAUCAAUUUAUAUCAGUAUUCAAUAUCUCCUCAAAGGUGUUACGCGAGAGAAUCGCGUUCACCAUCGUGCGACACUCCUUUUUCAUGAAGACAAGAAGAGUUUAAGCGCAACGAAGAUCGAUGUUGUUUAUCGUGUCAUUUGUACAGUUUAAAACAUUUCUUUUUUCCUUAUAACUGCGGUUUCUGAAAUAUGCCCUUGGAAAUCGUAAGACUUUCUCUUUUCCUCUUCUUAUUUUAUUCUUUUAUCAUUUUUAAUUAAACGUGCAAUGUUUGUCGAAUGGUGGCUUGAAAUUCCGAAAGAAUCAGUCUCCAUUUCGUUAAAAUAGAGGAUGACUGUGCAAGAAAAUAUUUCCAUUUAUAUAUAAUGUGAUAUAAAACGUUAUAUGAAAUGUUCGCGUGACGGAGAUCGAUUCUUUUCGCAUGCUUUGAACGCGAAUGUAGGCGAAUGUGCGAGAGAAUUCACCUGGCGAACCCUCUCGCGUGGCGCGUCACGCGCCGCAAGACGUUCGAAAGGAGAGGAAAGGGCAUCGGGAGGAUGUCGCUUGCGGAACUCGGCGAUAUCGACCGAAAUCCGCGGAACCCGGCGUGAAUAGCGACGAUAAUUGUGGUGUCAAAGGUUCUCGACGUUCGUGCGGUCGAGCUGGCAUCACCGGCGUUGCAUUCUGUCCUUCUCACGCUACAGCAAGAAGAGAAGCGCAAACGAACGGGAGAGAAAAGAAACGUAAGACUAUCUCCGCGAGUCUCUGAAUGUUGAUCGCCUCUCGCGACUGAACUCUUGACCUUUGGCGAAUAUGGUGGCAAGUACAGAGGACUCGAGCCCUCUCACGUGAGUCGACAAUUCUAUUGUCUCGCGGCCGGACUCUCUGGGACCGAGAAAGGCCCCGGACCUCUCUGUGGUAUAUAUAUCUACACCUCGAUCGACGAUCGGAAGUGAUAGGACCGCGCCGCCAUUAUGGUAGUCGGGAUGCACCUACGAAUGCAUUGUUGCGAAUUCGUUAGGAAAAAAUGUUGUUGCACGAAAAAAGCAAAAAAAAAAAGAGAAAGAAGGAUCCGUUACACUCGCAGAAAACGCCGAGAAAAGUUAUUGUGAGAUAUUGCAUUAUAUAAGUUCCCUUUUUGUUUGGGAAUUUUUACGCGAAAUACAUAUCCUGCGGCGUCACACACACAUAUACACACACACACACACACACGCGUGCGCGCGCACACACGCAUACAAAUUUAUUUCGCGGAGAUCCUUGGAAACUGUGGAGAGGCACGUUUACGUUCAAUCCAAGAUAAAUUAUUCGACUAGUCGUUUUAUUAAUUGAGUGAACUGCUCGCAUCGCGUUACAAUUUUUCUAUUUGCUUUUUUCUAUACAUAUACCUAAAGACUUGGCAAAAAAUGGAUAUUUCGCAAAUAGUUAUUAGCGAUAUACAAAGAUGUAUUUAAUGUUAAAUAUAAUUUCAAUUUAAAAUUACAUUCGUUAAGAAAUCUUGUGUCACUCAAUGAUCUUUUGUUUUAUAUUAUCAAAAUAAUUUCUUCGCAGAUGUGUAUUUUUAUACGGAAAGAACACACAUACUCAGUCCCUCAGAUGCUUUAUUAUACAUUGAAUCGAUAGCCUUUUUUCAGCCGUAUUGAUUUUCAGCUAUGCACUUCUCAUGAUUCUUGAUGAAUCAAAAGCAGCGGGAACAUGUUCAAAGAAAAAAAAGUAACGUUUGAUAGUUUAAUGUUUUGCAUGUAAAGAAGAUUAUCCGCUCAUAUAUAACACGCAGUCAGCAAAAGAAGAGCAGGUAUGUUAAGAAAGAUAAGUACGAGGUUAACAUAUAUAAAAUGAAUGCAAAUAAUUAAUUGAUAACUUCUAAUUACGCAUUACAUAUAAGCGAAUAACACUUUUUACUGACGCAUACGUCAAACUGUCGAAAUGUCACAUUUUCUUUGAGCAAGCUCCUGCUUAUUGAAUUAAUCAACAGUUGUGAAAAAACACGUAGCUAGAAACAAAUGAGGCUAGUCGAAAAUGUUCAAUGAUUAUCAAUCUGGUGAAUAGUAAGGCAUCCGCGAGACUGAGCAUCCGCGAACACCAUUGCAUGCGUUCAGCAGAAAUGAGCGUUUAGUGAUUAUUGCUCCUGAUUGAUACAAUCUUUAGGAUAUAUCAAUGAUCUAAAAGUAUACUCCAACCACAAACAAUAACUAUGAAGUAUUUACUAAGCACUCACUUCUGUUGAACGCGGACAUCGUUUCGACCACAUCGCUUUUUCUUAUAUAAAGUAAGCGAGCGCGCGCGCGAAGAAGAAUACGAACGUUGUAAAUAUGUAACCAUUCUGGUUCUCUCGAGGCGGCAUAAUUGCCGGACAUAAUACACGUAUAUGCAUCCUUAAGGGCAACUAAGUUGUACGACAACUACUUGUAUAUAGAUAUACAUAUACCCAGUCGCGACGCGCGUAAAAGGUAACUACGCCACUAUCUCUUGUAACAUAAGUUGUAUAUUUCGUAUCACGAGCCUAUUGUUAUCAUUAUUUAUGUUUCGAUUCCGUAUUUGCUGAAGUGAGGACAACGUGAAAUGAACGCGUUCAAAAAUGAAAAGCGCACUAUCCGGGACUUGGACGUUCCUACCGCAAGUCUACCGCAAAGACUCGUAAACUUCAACUUCCUCCGAAAUUCUUAAUCACUUCCGAACCACGGAAAUGGAAGAAAAAGAAGAAGAAAAGUUGAGACCGCAAAAGAUCCGAAGAUCUCGAGAUAAUUAAUAAUUGAACGAUCCAAAGAUUGGUGAGUUCCAAAAAUCGGAGUAUCCUAGAAAAUAAGAAAUCAAUCUCCUGAGAUGAGGAUCCUCGACGGUCCUCGGGAAUUCUCGAGAGAAAAGCGACUGACGAACGUCCAUUUACGGAUUCUGAAGAAUCAGAGAAAAGCGUGAGUAAUACGAGCGCGUUCUUCGCGAGCGCCUAAAGGAUUAUUAUCGCCGCGGCGACUAGCUUUAGUGUAGAGCGUUAUAUUGUUAAUGCUUGUGUUGUGAAGACGCAUACACCUAUUGCUGUGCAAGCUGCUCCCUUGUAAAUAAACCCUAAUAAACUCUUGUACCGAAUGUACUGUACCGGAUAUUUUCUCUCGUCGAAUUUCUUUUCCUUUUAUCCUCAAAAU